CAGUGAGACAACACUGAGGGCAGAAACCAGAGACCCAUAGACAGUAUGAGGGAAACACCCAUCUGUUUUGAGGCCACAUCCUGUUUAUCUACUGUAGCUAACGUUCCUUCAUUCAAAGGCGGUGUAACGUUACUCCAGUGUGGUUUGGAUCGAGUGUGUAACGUUAAGAGGACCAUACUGAAAUGAUAUAAGACAGGAACUCUCCUCGUGGCCUCAGUUCCUGUCAGCACCGCCAUGUCGUGCCGGGACAUCCACGCCACCAACGCUUUUGCCUUCAUUCUUGCCUUUGUGUCUUUGGGAGGUAUUGCUGUGGCAGCAUUAAUCCCACAGUGGCGUGUAACGAGACUGGUCACCUUCAAUCGUAAUGCCAAGAAUAUCAGCGUGUAUGAUGGGCUGUGGGCUAAAUGUGUGAAACAGGAUGGCUAUUCAGGAUGUUACUACUAUGAUUCAGAGUGGUACUCUAAAGUUGACCAGCUGGAUCUGCGGCUACUGCAGUUCUGUCUCCCUACAGCCCUGCUGUUCAGCUCUCUAGCCUUGCUGCUGUGCAUGGCAGGUAUGUGUAAGACCUGCUGCUGCUCAGACAAGCCUGAACCAGACAUUAAGACUAUUAGAUUCCUGGUCAACAAUGCUGGCUGUCACCUGGUGGCUGGGAUGUUCUUGUUCCUGGGUGGAGCUAUUGCCAUCGCACCCUCAGUGUGGUUUCUGUUCCGCACCAAGGAAAUGAACAUCAGAUAUGACAAGAUUUUCUCAGACGGCUUUGCUGUUUAUGUAUCUAUAGGCUGUUCUGGAGGACUGAUGCUGGCCGCCCUGCUGAUGUUCAUGUGGUAUUGUAUGUGUAAAAAGCUGCCUUCACCCUUCUGGUUGCCUCUGCCCUCCUUGCCAACUUCUCUGUCCACCCAGCCUCUUACUGCCAAUGGAUAUCCUCCUUCCCCAGUUUAUGGUCCUCAGCCUUUCCCACCACAGACCUAUCCUCCCACAGUGAUUGACAACCAGCCGUAUGUGACCUCCCAGGGCUACGUGCAAAGUGUGGUCGCCCCCGCACCGCCACAGGUGUACAUGUCUCAGGUUUCUGCUCCAGAUGGUUAUGGUUCAGAGGUGGGAGUGACCCAGGCCUACAGCUACGCACCCUCACAGAGCUACGCACCCUCACAGAGCUACGCACCCUCACAGAGCUACGCACCCUCACAGAGCUACGCACCCUCACAAAGCUACGCAGGCCACCGCUACUCCUCCCGCUCACGGAUGUCUGCCAUAGAGAUUGACAUUCCCGUGCUGACACAGGAACAGUAAGAGAAGAGAGGCUGAUAACGUCAGCACAUUGAAGGGUUCUGUUCAUAAAUCUACAUGGUUUACUACUGAUCACACUAAUAGAGUAUGAUAGAUGAAAGUUAAUAAUAUGAGCGCUAUUUACAGCUCCUAGAGUGAUUUAGUCAGUCAGUCAGUCCAGGUGUGUAAAUUGCUAAUUAUUGAAGAUUAAACUCAGAAGAUUAAAAGUUAAAAGAACACUGCGUUUACUAUGAAGGAUCAUAUUUUCUUUGAAAUGACUAUCACUAAAUCACUGGUGCAAACAAUGUCUAACAUACUGAAAGCCAGCUCAACCAACUCGUCUUUUUCACUAUUUUACCAGCAGAGAAGGACCACUAAACAAUAGUUCCUAACCUGAAGUGUCCAGUGGACCAACUUACUAGCUAAAAGCAAAUAG